AUAGAAACAACAAAACAGGAAAACUGAUAAGAAUUUCGCGAUAAGCAUUAUUUUAAUAGUUUUUAAUUUACAUUUUCAUUUCUUAAACCAUAAUUCCAAAGUACUAAAAGUGCCCUUCGAUUUUCUUUUAAACAUGUCAGACCUUGGACCAGAGCACCCGAGAAAUUUGAUUCCGGAGUUGUGCAGACAGUUCUAUCACCUCGGAUGGGUUACAGGCACUGGAGGAGGCAUAUCAAUUAAAGAAGGUGAUAAGAUUUACAUCGCACCGUCUGGAGUACAGAAAGAACGCAUGAAAUGUGAUGAUUUAUUUGUGCAGACAAUCAACGACGAAGAUUUGGAGCUACCACCAGCAGAGAAAAAGCUAAAGAAAAGUCAGUGCACGCCUCUCUUUAUGCUGGCGUAUCGCGAGCGAGGCGCGGGCGCCGUCAUCCACACGCAUUCGCCGCACGCCGUACGCUGCACACUACUCUAUGACAAGGAGUUCACCAUAACGCACCAAGAGAUGAUCAAGGGAAUAAAGGACGCGCAACUCGGUCGCUACCUCCGUUACGACGAGAAACUCGUGGUGCCAAUAAUUGAAAACACGCCCUUCGAGCGAGACCUAGCCGGCAGCUUGGGCGACGCCUUACAACGGUACCGAGGUACUAGCGCGGUACUGGUGCGGAGACACGGCGUCUAUGUGUGGGGUGACACGUGGCAGCAAGCGAAGACCAUGACCGAGUGCUUUGACUAUCUCUUUGAAAUGGCAGUGGAGAUGAAGAAACUGGGGUUAGAUCCCGCGCACAACCCGGAGACAAGUGAAAACGGACAACUUUAAGUACGGACGCAUCAUUUCAGCCACAUGGGGAGCGAUUCUCUUGGCACAUCCACAAUCCAACAUUCAUUUUCAAGUUAAGUGCCCAAUUGUAUUUUUAUUUUUCAUUUAUCGAUUUUUUUUUGUCCUUUACAUAGACGACAAAAAUCAAGAUUUUGUUACUAAAACCAAAGAUGUAAGUGACUAGCUAAAGUUUUAGAUAUUUAGAGAUCAGAUCGCUCCACUAUACUUGACGCAAAGAUCCGUGGCAGGCGGGGCCAUAAGUAAUUUUUGACACUCGCCAAUAUCUAUAAAGCCUUGAUCACACGUACCGAGUAAACUGGCGAGACAGUAAAAUGUUACUCGGUCGAGACAGUUGGGUGAGCGAGUCACAUACUCGAGCGCUCGGCCGAGCACUCAGCGUAAUGUUCAUACACACCGAGUACUCGGCCGAGAGCACUGUCUCGCCCGUUUGCUCGGUACGUGUGAUCAAGGCACAAAAGCGAAAGGUCACUGACUGACUCACUCACUCAUCACGAAAUCACAGAAACUAUAAGCGCUAGGAGCACAAUAUUUUGUGCUAGGAGUCUCAAAUUUUGCAUGGGGAUUCCUUUUAGAACGUCUAAGACGGAAUUUUGCAAAAUUCAACCCCUAAGAGGUAAAACGGAGUCCACGCGUACGAAGUCGCAGGCAGCUGCUAUUUAUUAUAUAAAACUACCGGCGUUUCGGCGUUUUUCUAUGCCUGCCUGUGUGACGUCAUCCAUAACCAGUGUGAGUGCGACGAGAGAAAACGUGAUAUGCACUGUUUUAUUAUUACACCGCCUGCCUGCCACGAGUCUUUGAACCGAGAUUAACUGAUCCACAGCAAUGGAUGGACAGAUGACGGCACUUCAAACUUGUGUUUAACGUCAGAUACAAACAAUGACGCAAUAAACACAAUUAGGCCCAGAACAGACGGUGAAACGCAACUGCAACGAAACUGCAACUGCUAGUUACUUUUGUGUUGCAUCUAAGUUUCUGCCAUAGCGUCCGUUGAGAGACCACACAUGACGCGACCAGUUUGAAACUUUCAGUUUCAUUCAUCAGAAUCAUCAGAAAGUAGCAGUUUCGUUGCAGUUGCGUUUCAUCGUAUGUUCUGGGCCUUAAUGUAGGUAUAAUGUCCAAGAAUAAGUUUCCGUCGUCCAUACAUUAAAGUGUCGGAACAAUGAAUACAUUUUAUAGGUAAAUAAGCAUAAAUUUAUAUAGUCUAUGUAUUUUUGAUACUUGUUAAUAUUAUGAUAAAAGCUGUAGCUCUAUGUAAAUAAAUGUGCCAUUUAACUUUAUUGUAUUUUUUGGAGAUCUGUAGUUCAUUAAAAAAAUAUUCGGAAACUAUUGUGCUAUUGACGACGACACAAUCUAAACAUAGCAUAUUUUCCAUCAAUAUAAUCAAUAAGGUAGCUCAAUGAAUGUGAUUAUACUUAUCGUUAAAUUGUUUCUCAUUUUGUUAUCAAAAAUUAAACAUACUGAAACAGAAAA